UCCAUAUGAAUACAAUGACACUGAUUUAAGAAUCAGUGUUUUACAAUUGCAGAUCUUCCUCAACCAGUAUGAGGUUUGUUCCCUUUAGAUUUGUGUGAAUGGAAUUUAAUUUUUCUCAGUUAAUGUAUGUUGUUGUUGUAUUUGGAUGUACAUCUCGUGAAUUAUUUGAUAAAAGCAAUUUUGAAAAAAAUAUUUAAUUUUCAUUUAACCUGACCCAGUACAUAUUUUGAAGAAUGUUUUGAAAUAGUUUUCUAUCAACUUGGUUGUUGUUGGCAUCCGUCCGUCACAUGUGACGAUGGUGUGGGCUUCGGAGGCCUGGGAUUAUUUCUUCAAGGAUUAUAAGCUGGUUCCCAACAGCAAAUCGCCUCUCUCCACGCUGCUGGAUCACCCAAAGGAACAUCAUUGGAUGAUACAGCUUGGCACCAAUGACGUUGCAGGAGUUGUGGGAAUGUUUCAUUAGAACCAAUGUUAUCCGCCUUUCGAGACUCCAUCUCCGGGGUUUGAUUUCAGAGUUUCCUUCUAUUAGAUAAGUUUCCAUCCAAGGUUAACGAGUCCCAUCUACCCGGGGUGCUGGUGAUUUUUUGCUUGACUGCUUUGGCUGGAAUUGAUCUCCAGACCACCAACUUGAGAUUUGCUCACUUUAGACCACUCGGCUAUCCAGCACCCCUAUCAACUAAUGCUUAAGUAACACCACCCCCCACAACCCCCCCCCCACACCCACACAAUAACAGCAUAAUGGCUCAAACUUGUUGUCUUUAAGAUGACAAUGUUUGAUGUCAAUUAUUUUCAUUUGUUUCUAUUUUAAGAACCAACUUGAGAUUUGCUCACUUUAGACCACUCGGCUAUCCAGCACCCCUAUCAACUAAUGCUUAAGUAACACCACCCCCCACAACCCCCCCCCCCACACCCACACAAUAACAGCAUAAUGGCUCAAACUUGUUGUCUUUAAGAUGACAAUGUUUGAUGUCAAUUAUUUUCAUUUGUUUCUAUUUUAAGAUAUCAGUAUAUCAGUGAAUCAAUUAUUGAUGGAUAUGUUGAAAUCUAACAAUUUGUGCAUGGUAACUAACCACAGGAGGUUCAGUUUGAAGCCUUGCGUUACCUGACCGGAGAAUGUAACUAUGGUGGUCGUGUGACCGACAGCUGGGACAGAAGGACGCUGAUGACCAUCCUUAACAGAUUCUACUGUCCUGAGCUGAUCACCACUGAAGUAUUCUAUUUUGAUCCUCAAAAGAAAUACAUGCUCCCGCCUGAUGGUGAUGUAAGCAUUUUAUCAUCAUGGGCCUAGCUUAUCAGAUAACAAAUAACUCAAAUAACUAGAUAUUUCAAUAGCAAAAACAUUUUAGACAAAUGGGUCGGAAAAAUUAGAAAAUAAUUUUAAAAUUAAUAUUCUCCAUUAGGUACCGGGUACCAGAUAAGGAGAUAUAGAUAGAAAUAUAGCAAUUUGUGGUGCCCAUAUGAUAAUAAGCUAUUAGAAAUUUGAUAGGAAGAUCUCCCUAUGUUAAAGUUACUAUUAUAUUAAAUAGAUUUUCCUAGACUCGUCUAAAACUUGCUAUAUAAAAUAACUGUAUUUGUUAAGGACUUGUUGAAGCAUCGCAACUUAUAACUCAUUUAAUUUUUUUUUUUUAAAUAUGUAUUGAAUAUAUUUCUGUGUGUAUUCUAUUUGAUGUCAUUGUAUUUUCAGUAUGAAUCUUACCUUGCUUUCACCCAAAGUCUACCCCUGAUGGCCUCCACAGAAGUAUUUGGGAUGCACCCCAAUGCUGAGAUUACCAAAGACCAGUCUGAGACCCAACAAUUGUUUGACAACAUCUUGUUAACUUUGGUAAUGUGAAAUCACUGGGUUUUAAAUCAAUAAACUCAUGUUGCAACAUUGGGGAACUAACUUUUGACAUAUUGUUCAUAAGAUGAGAUUCUUGUAUUGAUCCCAGUCAAUGGAAACGUGUUAUGAUGACAUUACUUACAUGGAUGGCAUUAGCCAUUGGUAACUUGGGCAUCAUUUGAGACUGCUAUCAAAAUGUUGCCAACAAAUAAAAUUAAUUAAGUUUGAAUGGAUGUAAAGCCUUCUACACUUACACAUUAUCUUUUGCUGAUUUAGUCACUAUGGUGUUGAGUGGCUCAAAGCUAAAAAGUUAAGUUAGCUGUGGUUGGUCCAUUCCAGACGACAAUCAAACUUGUUGUACCGGUAUAUCACCUUAUCAUGCUGCGUGGCUAAGACAUUGUCAAUCCCAAGCUUGUGGACUGACGUUCAGUGCCCAGCCUAGACAAGCAAAAAACAACACUCGUUAAUCUUGGAUGGCAACUCAUCUAAGGGAAGGAAGCUCUGAACUCAAACCCGGAGAUGGAGUCCAGCACGCGCUAUGACAUUGACACAAUGAAAAAUCCGACAACAGCGACGUGGAAGACAAAGGAAACACUACUGGUCAUCCACUGCAUGCUAAUCUAUUUCCAGUUGUCUGGACUAAGUCUUGUCAUUGGAUCCAAUAGAGGCAAGCACAAGAGAGUGAGGCUGACGAAUGGAGCAACUAGGCAAGCACAAGAGAGUGAGGCUGACGAAUUGAGCCACUCUCCCUCACUCACUUAAAACAAAAUACCGGUACAGCUCAAGUCAAUGCUAAAUGCUACAACUUAAGUCCAAGUCUUUAUCAUCUUUGCUUGCGAAGGGCCAACUAUAAUAUCAUCAUUUAUUUAUAAAAUAGAAUGUUUUCAAAGAUAUAUUUUUUAUCCUAAUUAUAAUUAUAAAUUCUUUCAUAUAAUUCUCAAUUUCAGGGAAAAUCCUCUUCCAAAGGAGGUAAAUCCAAUGACGAAGUUGUAGAUCACGUCGCUCUGGAUAUUAUUGAACGUUUGCCUGCAAACUUUGACACUGACAUUGCUUUAAGAAAAUAUCCAACAUCUUAUGCUCAGAGCAUGAAUACAGUACUUGUCCAAGAAAUGGUUCGGUUCAACCGUUUACUCUCACGGAUCAGGAGUACUCUUUUAAAUAUCAGAAAAGCUAUAAAAGUAAGUCACACAUUCUAUUUAGUUUUUAAGUAUAUUGUUCUCAGUUAGAGUGUGGAGCUAUUUGAUUACAAACUGAAAAUAAAGUUUCUCUUCAAAAAUGUUGUCGAAUUAAUCUUUAACUUUAAGUAAUUUGACUAAAAAAAAUUUUUCUGAGCUGAAAAUUCUGCUAUGUGUUAUCAUCUUUUUAACCCAAUAAAAAAAACUGAUUCAAAUCUUAAAAUAAGAAUUCCUCACUGAUUGUUUCUUCCUUCUCCUUGUUUCAGGGUCUUGUUGUGAUGUCUACAGACAUGGAGGAAGUGGUC